AUGCUCACCUUUGUUGCGGCAUUGGGCUCAUCUAUCUUGUCCCCGGGACAAUCAGAUGUAGCGGAGUAUACCAACAUUAGCUCCGAGGUUGCGGUGCUCGCGACUUCGAUGUAUAUCCUUGGCUGGGCGGUCGGUCCGACGUUAUGGGGCCCAAUAAGCGAGGUUUAUGGCCGCAAAUGGGGGAUGCUUCCAGCUCUUCUUUGCUUAGGCUUGUUCAGUAUCGGAACGGCAGUAAGCCAGAACGCCGCCAGCAUCUUCAUCACCAGGUUCAUUGGUGGGAUCUUUGGCUCUGCACCAAUUAGCAAUGCCAAUGCAGCGUUAAGCGACAUCUACGCACCGAAAGAGCGAGGAAUAGCAGUGGCAUUCAUGAUGCUGUGCAUCACAGGAGGGCCAUCUGUUGGACCUCUCAUUGGCUCUGCAGUGGUUUCAAAUUCGAAGCUUGGGUGGCGUUGGACCAUGUAUAUCGAAGCCAUUUGCUGCUUUGCCUUAUUUAUCCUUGCUACCUUGACCCUGUCAGAAACUUAUUCUCCUGUCUUGUUGAAAGACAAGGCCCAGAAAUUGCGCAAGAUGACGGGAGAUAACAGAUACUGGCAUCCUCACGAGCAUGAGAGCAUCAACCUCGAAAACGCAGUUACGAAACAUUUCCUUCGUCCGUUAUGGUGUGUCCUCGCGCGUCGCUCUUGUCGUGAACUAUUUCUGACUUUCCCCAGCAUGUUGACAACCGAGAGCAUCAUGGCCUGCGUCGCAGCAUACGCGUCUUUCUCGUAUAGUUUGAUCUAUCUAUGUCUCCAGGUAUACCCCAUUGUUUUUGAAGAGGAACGUGGAUACAGUCCAGUAAUUGCUUCCUUGCCAUUCCUCGGGAUCCUUGUCGGCACAGCUUGUGCUGUCGGAAUCACCUUUGCAUAUCGAACACGGUAUGCCAAAGCGGUCAUGGAAAACGGUGGAAAGGCCGUUCCUGAAGCACGACUUCCUCCGCUGGUACUCGGGGUGAUCUUUCUGCCAACGGGACUAUUCUGGCUUGGAUGGACCGCAACACCAAAGUUUUCGUGGGUACUGCCCACAGUCGGAGGAGUAUUCGUUGGCGCCGGCCACAACAUCAUCUUCCAGCAAUGUAUUAACUAUUUGAUCGACACGUACGGGCCGUAUUCAGCGAGUGCAAUUUCAGCAAACACCAUGCUGAGAUCUUUGUUGGCCGCGGGGCUGCCAUUGGCGGCGAAACCAAUGUUCCACAAUCUGGGCGUGGGACCUGCUGCUAGUUUAAUGGGAGGCAUCGCUUGCCUCGCAAUGCCGAUACCCUUCCUUUUCAUGAAAUACGGACGCGCCCUGCGCGAAAGGUCAAAAUUCGCACCCGCCAGUUCGGACUAG